AACACUUCCAGAAAGCGAUCACACGGGAGAGGGAGCUCUCCAUUCCAGAAACCUGCAGGCUGCGCCUACCUCAGGCCUCUGUGUCCCUACUCCUUCCUUCGAGAGCCAAAGCCAGGGUCGCUUUCACCCAGUGCACUCCUGCUUGCCCUUUGCCAGCCAUGUGGCUCUACCUGGCAGCCCUGAUGGGCUUAUGGUACCUCCUGCGUUGGUACCGUGAGAGGCAGGUGGUGAGCCACCUGCAAGACAAGUAUGUCUUCAUCACGGGGUGUGACUCGGGCUUUGGGAACCUGCUAGCCAGACAGCUGGACUUGCGAGGCUUGAGGGUGCUGGCUGCCUGUCUGACGGAGAAGGGGGCUGAGCAGCUGAGGAGCAAGACGUCCGACCGGCUGGAGACGGUGAUCCUGGACGUCACCAAGACAGAGAGCGUCGCUGCAGCCGCCCAGUGGGUGAAGGAACGCGUGGGAGACAGAGGACUCUGGGGCCUGGUGAAUAACGCCGGCAUCUCCGUCCCUACCGCUCCCAAUGAGUGGCUGACCAAACAGGACUUUGUAAACAUACUUGAAGUCAACCUGUUGGGGGUGAUCGAGGUGACACUGAGCAUGCUGUCCUUAGUGAGGAAGGCGAGGGGCCGCGUGGUCAAUGUCUCCAGCGUCAUGGGCAGGGUGUCGCUCUUUGGAGGUGGUUACUGCAUCUCCAAGUAUGGCGUAGAGGCCUUCUCUGAUUCCCUCAGGAGAGAGCUCUCCUAUUUUGGAGUGAAGGUGGCUAUCAUAGAGCCUGGCUAUUUCAAGACCGCUGUGACCAAUUCUGACACACUAUCACUGGGCUUAAAGAGGAUGUGGGAUAAGGCCAGCUCGGAGGUCAAGCACGUCUAUGGCGAGAACUUUCUGGCAUCCUACCUGACAGGAGUAAAAUCAUUCAGUGAAGAGUCCACAGGGGACCUGUCCUUGGUGACGGACUGCAUGGAGCACGCCCUGACUGCCUGUCGUCCCCGCACCCGCUACUCACCUGGCUGGGAUGCCAAGCUCUUCUACCUCCCCUUGAGUUACCUGCCCACCUGCCUGGUAGAUGUCAUCAUCGGUUGGCGCUCUGUCAAGCCAGCCAAGGCUCUGUGAACCAACACUUGGGUUCGAUGCACGGUUAGAAGAAAAUGAAUACAGUAUUGGGGGAGAGAAUUCUGUAGGAAAGGGCAGUAUGGUGGAACAAAGGUGCUUUCAUGCCAUCAGGGACCCAGCCCACGUUCUUCAUGCAAAGAAUUCUGCUGUGACACUAGUUAAUACUGGUGAAGUCAGGAGGAAGGCAACCAGGAAUUCUGUUAAGGGGUAGGAACUCAGAAUCCUUAAAAAUUUUAUUUUUGUUUAUUUUUAUUUAUUUAUUUGAGAGAGACAGGCUGACUGAGAGAGAAAGAGGAAGAUAGAUAGAUAGAUAGAUAGAUAGAUAG